AUGUCAAGCGGUGUUGACGUCCGACGACGUCCCGGAAUCUGGUCCUAUUUCAGCUUCAAUAGCGGCCCUCGAAGACGCACCUCCGUUUCUCUCCCUCGAGUCAACACAAACAACUCUGACGACGACCCUUUCGAAAAGCCCGAUCGUCAUCGCCGUACAAAUUCCGCAGGCUUCAUGACGGACUACAAGGGAGGCGUAAUGAAUCAGGGACAGCGCAUGCGUUACCUCAAGACGGGUGGCAUAAUUGCAUUCGUCUUGCUCAUAUUAUACUUUGUCGCUCCCCAUGAUGCGAUAGCGAGAGUUCCAUCUCCCGGCGGAGGAGGCAAGGGCCAGACCGCCGCUGAAGGUGCCGAAACCUCGAAAUGCGAGAGGUCGUACUCCAAGGAGAAGCCACUCAUCCAGUACGCUCUCAUGAUCGAUGCCGGCAGCACAGGCUCUCGUAUCCACGUCUACAAGUUCAACAACUGCGGACCUACUCCAGAGCUCGAGAGCGAGGUUUUCGAAAUGACCGCCAAGAAGGAGGGUGGAUCUGGUCUUUCGUCGUACAAGGCAGAUGCUGAGGGCGCAGCGCAGAGCUUGGAUGUCCUCAUGGAAGUUGCUGUGAAGAACGUUCCACCCGCAUACCAGGGAUGCACGCCUGUUGCCGUCAAGGCAACGGCAGGUCUCCGCAAGCUCGGUGAGGCAAUGAGCGAUGCAAUCUUGAAGGCUGUCCGCAACCGUCUUGAGACCAAGUUCCCCUUCCCAGUCGUUGCUGAGGAGAAGGGCGGUGUCCAGGUCAUGGACGGCAAGGACGAGGGUGUUUAUGCCUGGAUCACUGCCAACUACCUUUUGGGCAAGAUUGGUGGCCCCGACAAGUCUCCCACUGCUGCUGUGCUCGAUCUUGGUGGUGGUUCCACCCAAAUCGUCUUCGAGCCUACCUUCAAGGAUAGCCCGCACGGAGGCAUGCCCGAAAAGCUCGCUCCGGGAGACCACAAGUACGAACUUGACUUUGGCGGUCGCCAUUUUGAGCUCUACCAGCACUCCUACCUCGGCUACGGUCUCAUGGAAGCCCGCAACAACCUCCACGUUGCCGUCCUUAACAGCGUCUACGAGCAGAACAAGGCCUCUGAAUCCAAGGCUUGGCUCGAGAAGCCCAUCGUCAACCCAUGCAUCGCUCCCCGCAUGAGCAAGGAGGUGCAAGUGAUGCUCCCCCAGGGCCAUAUCCUGGGCGCCUCUGUCUCCGUCAACAUGACUGGGCCCGCCGAGGGUUCGCCCGCUCUCUGCCGCUCUUUCGCCGAGAAGACUCUCGAGAAGGAUGCCGAGUGCAAGCUCGCUCCCUGUGCUUUCCGCGGUGUCCACCAGCCGUCUUUCGAGAAGACCUUCGCUCGCGAGGACGUCUACCUCUUCUCCUACUUCUACGACCGUACACAGCCCCUCGGCAUGCCCGAGUCCUUCUCCCUCGACGAGCUCAAGGACCUCACCAACCGCGUCUGCCACGGCGAGGGAGCAUGGGACGUGUUCGAGAGCGUUCCCGAUGCCAUGACCGAGCUCAGGGACCGCCCCGAGUGGUGCUUGGAUCUCAACUUCCAGCUCGCUCUCCUCCACACCGGUUACGAGAUGCCCAUCAACCGUGAAGUCAAGAUCGCAAAGAAGAUCAAGGGCAACGAGUUGGGUUGGUGCUUAGGCGCUAGUCUCCCUCUCCUCAGCCAAGAAUCAGGCUGGAAGUGCAAGGUCCGGGAAGUCCAAUAA